AUGGCUAAAGCAAAACAUGCAAAUACAAUCGAUGUUUCAACGGUAGUACAUAAUCAUCUUCUUAAGGAACUUGAAUUGGAAUGUAAUUUUUUCGAACAUACAUUAACAUUGGAACAACUUAGUGAUCUUCAUCCAUUAUCACGAAUAGAUAUUGAACAUCCAGAAUGUAGUAAAGGUUUAAAUAAAGAUGAAGCAGCUAGUCGUUUGGUAACCGAUGGACGUAAUGUAAUAUUUGCGGUGACCAGUCGAACAGCGACAAAAUUAUUGUUGAAACAAUUUUCGCAUACAUUUCGAUUACUGUUAUUAACUGCUGCAUUAACCUGUUUUAUCAUUUAUACAUUGGAUACUAAUCGAUUUAUUGAAAUUUGUUUGGCUAUUGCACUUAUCAUUAUAUUUUUUAUCUUAUGUGGAGUAAGUUAUUGGCAAGAACAACAUGCUAAAAAGAAUAUGCAAUGUUUCCAAUCAAUGAUGACAACAGACUGUUAUGUUAUUCGAGGUGCUGAACGCACACGCAUUAAUGUUUCUGAUAUUGUCAUUGGUGACAUCGUUUAUCUCCGUCCCGGAGCUCGUGUACCAGCUGAUUUACGAUUAAUUUUUACGGAUGAAUUAAAACUGGAUACAUCAUGGAUAACAGGUGAAUUGGAACCUCUUGAUUUUUGCGAUACUACGGUGCCAAAGAACGUGACAGCUUUAGGGGCGCAAAAUAUUGCUCUUAACGGUUGCUUAUGUACCAAUGGUACCGGUUAUGGUGUAACUAUUCGGACAGGAAAUAGAACGAUAAUUGGUAAAAUUGCACGUGUGACAAGCAAACAAAAAGGUGUACCAACACGUUUGGAAUUAGAACAUAAACGUUUCGUUAAUUUUAUUUCCACGUUAGCAAUUACAAUGGCGACAAUUACAUUUGUUAUUGGCUUAUUAAUGACAGAUUUUCAACAUAUCGUUAAUACGUUUGUAAAUGGUUUUCUUGUCAUUAUCAUUGCAAAUAUUCCACAAGGCCUUCCGAUUACAUUGGGUGCAGCAUUAGCGAUUGUUGCGCGACGUUUAGCGAAACAAAAUAUUUUUAUGAAACGAUUAGAUGUUGUGGAAACAUUAGGUACAGCAACAGUGGUUAUGUGUGAUAAAACGGGUAUCUUUACUUUGAAUGAUAUUACCGUUUCCGAUUUGUGGUACCAAUUACAGUAUUUCAAGGGUACAGAAGAAUUAAAAGCAAAACGAAUGCAGUUAUCAUCAACCGAUUUAUCGAUUCCAUUAUCAGAAAGUGAUAAUAAUAGCUUGGUAGCGCUAUUAACCGUAAUGUCGAUAUGUAAUAAGGCGCAUUUGGAACCUAUAAAUUCACGUGGUAUUUAUGCAUGGCAUAUGGUUAAUAAACUUUCACGAGCAAGUAAUACCAUUACGAUCCAAUCAUUAUUGGAUGGAAAGGUAUCACAUGGGAAAAUAUCAGAUGCUGAAAUUGAACGAACAGUACGAUCAGCAUUUCAUCAUAAAGUAAUAACUGGAAGUGAAAAUGAGGUUGCACUGCUGAAAUAUGUCGAAGAAUUAGCAAAUGGUGAAAGAAUCCGCCGAAACUAUGAGAUCAUUUUUGAAGUACCAUUCAACAGACAACGACGUUUUCAAAUAGUCAUUGUUCGUCAACGAUCCAAAACUGAUUCUUCUAAUAGUGAUAAGAUGAAGUUUUAUGUUCUUAUUAAAGGAGCUCCCGAAGAAUUAUUUGCUCAUUGUAAAUUACUAGCUACCGAAAAUGGUUCUAUUAAAAUGUCGGAUGAUUUUAUUGCUCAAUUCUCUGAAGCUUAUACGAAAUACGGCAAUGAAGGUAAGAGUUGCAUAGCAUUUGCAAUAGCAGAACUUGAAGAAUUAAGUCUAAUCGAGUCACCCGGAUCAUGGGACGGUUUAAAUCGAUUAGAUUUAUGCUUUCUUGGUAUGGUAGCAAUGUAUGAUCCACCACGAGAUACAGCAUUGCAAGCAUUACAAACGAUGAAAAAUGCAGGAAUAAAAUGUUUUAUGGUUACCGGUGAUCAUCCAUCAACAGCUGCUGCUGUUGCUGGUCAUUUUGGUUUAGCUGUCCCACGACCAUCCAUCGUUUCAUUGAAUACGGAAAUGGAGAAGAAGCUGAAUUUCUUAUCAGUAAUUCACUGUGAAAUGAUUGAUACAUUAAGUGAUCAGUUAUGGGAUGAUAUAUUGAAACAAGAAUUUGUUGUAUUUGCACGUGCUACACCUUCUCAUAAAUUGAUUAUCGUUAAGGAAUGUCGUCGUCGAGGUGAAGUUGUGGCAGUUACAGGUGAUGGUGUUUUAGAUGCACCUGCAUUAAAGGAAGCUAAUGUUGGCAUUGCUAUGGAAGCUGUUGGUAAUGCAUUUGCAAAAGAAGCAGCAGAUAUGGUAUAUACGGAAAGUGAUGUAAAGCAUAUUGUUAAAAGUAUCAAGGAAGGUCGAUUACUGUAUGCAAAUUUGAAGAAAACGAUAGCAUAUACAUUAGCUCAUAUGGUACCUGAAUUAUGCGCUGUUAUGCUAGAAUUUGCUUUCGGUUUUCCAAUUGGUCUUAGUAGUUUACAGGUUCUUUCGAUAGAUUUAAUCACAGAAAUACCACCAUCAAUAGCACUUACAUAUGAAGCUGGUGAAAAGGAUAUCAUGUGUAGACCACCAAGGAAAUCAACCGCUCGAUUAGUCUCAAAAGCGCUUCUUGUUUAUUCAUAUAUUUUUGUUGGUAGUAUUAUAUCAGUUGGAUGUUUCAUUGCAUAUUUAUCCGUUUUUUGGUACUAUGAAAUAACUCUGCGAGAUUUAUUUCAUUCUAAUAUCAAUCAUUGGCGUCCAAAUGCAGAAAUUUUAUCAACUAACACCGGAAAACAUUAUACAGCCGAAAUACAAAUAUUCAUUCAUGGUCAAGCAAAAGCUGCAUGGCAUAUUACAUUAGUUAUGUCACAGGUAUUUCAUUUCUGGCUUUGUACAACAAGAAGAAUUUCCAUCUUUAAACAUGGUACACAAAAUAUUGCAGCAGUACUUGCAUUACUUAUUGAAAUUUGCAUUCUUAAUUUUAUGAUUUACAUGCCAAGUGUACAAUAUUGGCUUCGUGUUACACAUCCACCGGCAUUUGUUUGGCUAUUUUGUUUACCUGUUGGUAUUGUUCUUAUCAUUUUCAAUGAGACACGGAAAUGGCUUAUUAGGCGCUAUCCAACCAGUAAUAUUGUGCGAGCAUUAAAAUGGUAG